AUGGCCAAGGACGCCGGCACAACCGCCCCUCAGGCCGGGCAGAAAGAAGAGUCCAGCUCGCUCCAGGCAGUCGCAGAUGCCUCCGCCUCCGAAGAAUCCACCUUCCAUCCUUACCGCAUCACGCUCCCCACCUUCCGACGCCUGCUCUCUUGCUACCUGACAACAGUUGAGCAAGUGCGCCGGCGCAAAGCCAUGCUCAAGCUGCAGCCCAAACCGGCCAAAGGUUCGAAACGCACCGCUGAGAAAAAGGCUGGCUCGGCGUUCGCAAAUCCUCGUGGAGCGAUGCUGCUCCAGAAGACGGAGUUUGAUCCCUCCGAGGAAAAGUAUAUCAAGGAGGAGACGGAGAAUUUCCUUACCCUGGACGAGUGGCGGUACGAAAAGAUGCCCGGGAUCGUAGCACGGCGGCGGGAGAAGGGGGAAAGCGAAUUUUUGACUAAGGAAGAAUUGAUUACUGUUAUGGACUGGAAGAUGAAACACGGCGUCUACCGCCCAACCCUAAUGGGCAUGAUAAAGGCCAACCAAAACAAAACUGUCCUGAGUUGCGCCUCCGCUGCCCUCGCUGCUCUCCCCACAAAAGUAGACCCCAUACUUGCACCAAACGAGGCCUUUCCCAAGCCCAGCAUCGACGCCUUCGGUCCCGUCCGCGGCGUCGGCCCAGCCACCGCCUCGCUCAUCCUCUCCAUCGCCACCGCCAAGGGCAACCCCAGCGAGGAGGUGCCGUUCUACAGCGACGACGUGUACCUCUGGCUAUGUCUGAAGGAUUUCCCCGAACCAGAGAGGAAGGGAGAGGAGACAGUCUCCAAAUUCAGGAAGCCCAACGGCGAACUGAAUGUCAGAUACACCAUCGCCGAGUACCGCAAGCUUUGGGAAGCAAGCUGGGAGCUGCACGAGAGGUUGAACCGUGACAUGGACGCAGAGUCCCAGUCCAAGUCACGCAUCUCGCAUUGCGAUAUUGAGAAAGUCGCCUACGUGCUGUCCAACAUCGGUGUCUCCGGAUUCUUCGCCAGCCAAGCCUCGGAGGAUAUCCUGCAGAUGGAGGCGCAAGCAGACACAUUGGAUGAGACAGCGGCGCGUGAAGACAAGCUUGUUGUGAAGAAGCAGACGAAGACUGAGAAGGAGGAGAAGAGGGCGAAGCAGACGGAGGAGACGACGGUCAAUAGGGGGAGGAAUGCGAAGAGGAGGAAGAUUGCGUAA